AGCAUUCACCGCUCAGUGAGAUAGGGCCUUUAGGGUGUAAUUUGGCAUCAAAAGAAAUCCUCGUUUAGGGGGUGUGCGGAAAACAAGUGGUCACCAUGCGGUCUACGGGACUGAGACCCCGGGAAUAUUUAACAAUGCGUGCGACCAUCCGAGGCAUUGUUACAUUUCUUUCAUUUUCAUAACUUGACCGCUUUCGAUUGGAAUUUCCAACGCUGUGUGUUACUUCUUCCUCGUACGUAUGCUCUACGUGUCGGGCUGUUCGAAACAGGGAGUCGACAUGUGAGAACUAUCCCACUUUCUCAACUCAAGCAGGUUUUAUGAGAUUUUGCAACUUAGGUGAUUUUGAUGCAAUCAGAGCCGGACAGUUACGAAUUCGGCUGGAAUUAUUAUUCAAAAGAUUCAAGUCUCGCAGUCUACACCAAUUUGACCUGCAUGCACCGCUGUACCUAAGUUCGGAUUUUGCCACAUGACCUGCUCGUGAGGACUACAUCGGACUAGUUAAUCAGCGGUUUAUAGUUCAUUAUUCCUCAACUAUUAUUACGUCGAAAAAUCUCGCUGUGCCCCUUAAGUAAAGGCGGUACAUGACGUCAUUGAUCUGCACUGAAAGGCCUUCUCCUUGAUUAUACACAUAAGGCGCCUUACAACAACAACAAGGGCCCCUUACAACAGCAACAAUGGCUCCGACUAAACAUCUAAAUGAUUCGCAAGAUCCCUGGCGGUACGCUAUAGUUCUCAGUAAGUUUCUAGUCCUCUUUGUGGAUGGCGGGAUGGCUAAAUCGUUUGGAGUUCUUAUUCCCGAGAUGGUGGACCGGUACGAUAGUGACUACAAGACAAUUGCUUUUAUCUGCAGUCUGCAUUCACUGAUGUUCAUGACAGCUCCCAUUGCUAAUGUUCUGCUGAAAGUGAUGACGUCUCGAACCUUAGGAAUGUUAGGUGGACUACUGGCCUCAAUAUCUAUAAUGUGCGCCCCGCUUGCAAACUCAGUCUUUGAACUUGGUAUACUGAUAUCUUUAACAGGAUUUGGAAUAGUUAUGGCAGUCUUCUCCACACUGGUUACCCUCGCCAGAUUUUUCCCAAAGUCCUUUAUCUUCUCGAACUCACUAACGCAGUUUGGUAUCAUAUGUGGUGUCUUCACAGUACCCAUUAUUGUCGAGAGGUCGCUUGAAGCGUAUGGCUAUGACGGUGCCUGUCUCAUCUUAGGUGGGAUCUCAUUUCAUGCUGUGGUCUCUGCGAUGAUUCUUAGACCACCAAAGGAUCUCCCUUCGAGUACAGAAGAAAAUACGCAGCUUAUGGACACACAUUCAUCAGGUGAUAGCCAUUCUACCAUAGAGAACGAGAAGCAUCAAGGAGUAAAAUCUUUCAUUCUGGUCGAAGAGCCAUUAUGUACACUAGUUGUGCCUGCCGUCUUCUUGGCUAACUACGUCUUUUAUGCUUGGCUCUUAUUCCUAGUCCCUCACGCAGAAGGUUUGGGAAUAGAUCCAUCAAGAGCCGUACUUUUGUCUUCGAUUGCAGGCAUUGCUGGUACAUUUGGAAGCAUUGUCUUUCUGGUCCUCCUUCACUUUAACUACGACUCAACAAUCAUCAUCAUCUUCUGUUGCUUGGUGUCUACCAUCUCUUUCUUAUUGGACACACUCAGCUCGACGUUUAUCUUCUUAGCAGUAAUGGCAGGUGUUCAAGGGUUAGCCCUGUUCGUGGUUCGAACUAUUUCAUCCGUGAUGGCGAAGCUAGCAGUAAGAGAUGCACAGAAUAUACCAAGUGCACUCUCCCUCUUUUUCUUCUUGGAAGCAGUAGGUGUAGGAGCAGGAGAUACAAUAUCAGGGCACAUAUAUGAUGUCACAUCUUCGAUGCACGCAGUCUUCAUAUCGUAUGGUAUUGCUCUUGUCGUUGCGAUGGUCAAUCUUAUCAUCUCUGCCAUCUUGGUUUGUUACAAGGCAUCAGUAAAAUCAGAUUCUUAGGUGAAAUACGGCCUUCAUGUGAAAUAUUCAAUAUUUUAUGUAAUCUUUACAAAUAUAAAAUAUUGCAAGCAGAUAUGUCAAAGAAGAUAUUACAAAUACAAACGUUACUUCCAAAGACUUAAUGCAAAACGAAACGGAGUUAAGUCUUUUGUCAACUCUGUGUGUUGCUAUGGCAGGCAGCAAGUGAAAACGAACAUGUUUAAUCCAAUUAUGAAAAUCCAAGCAUUACUUUAAACAAAUAAAACUUUGUUAUUUCUGGCUCAUUUU